UCAAACGUCUGCUACUAAACGUUUGUAUAAUUUUGAUUACUGUCUCAAGAUGGGAAUACCAGCGCUACAGAAUGUGACUGGAAUUUUUAAUGUCGCUUCAUCUCUCCCUGAUUACGUCACCCGUUUUUUAACGAGAUCAAAUACACGUUCGAUUUUACAAAUUGUCUGGGACUUUCGGUGUGGCUACGAGCCCUACUUAGAGUCACCAGUGUUUCCCAUAAUCCUCUCCGUCGUCUUCUACUUUGUCACGUGUCUUCCGUUCACGCUCCUUGAUAUCGUCUGCCCAAAGCAGGCUUGGUACCGGAAGUACAAGAUCCAAGUUGACAAAGAGGUGACGAAGGAUCAGAUUUUCGAUGCAUUGUCCUUGACCUUUUGGAACCACAUUUUGCUGGUUCUGCCUAGAGCUGUAGCGCAGUGGAUCUGGUGUCCCGUCAUGCCCCUGCCAGAGGAAGCACCAAGCCUGUUUGAGUUUUGUUGGCACCAGAUGGCGGGUUUGUUCCUCUUCGAUCUGCAGUACUUUUGUUGGCAUGUUGCUCAUCAUAAAAUUCGCUUCCUGUACAAACACAUCCAUGCUGUCCAUCACCACUUCAGCAGUCCUUUCGCUUGGGUCACUCAGUACCUGCAUCCCUUGGAGCUUGCCGCUUUUGGCUUCCUGAUCACCGCCAACACCUGGGUCUUCAACUGUCAUCCUUUAACAGCUUGGAGCUACAUGUUGGUCAGUAUCAUUGUCAGUGUUGAGGCUCACAUCGGCUUCGACUUCCCCUUCCUCCUGCACAAUCUCGACCCUACAGGCAACUUUGGUGGACCCACCAAACACGACAUGCACCACCUGAAGCCGCAUACCAACUACCAACCUUUCUUCAACCACUGGGACAGAUUGUUUGGGACCUACUGCCCUCCAGUGAAAGGUUGUGCAGUCAGAAACAAAACCUUGCAGGACAACAAAAGGCAUACCAGGCAGAGCAAGAAAGUUAAUUAAAAUGAAAUGCAAAGAACUGACACUCAUUUUAAGUUUCACACAUCUAGUCCAAAAGAAGCUUUUAUUUUUUUUUUAUUGUACUCCUCAUAUGUAAAUCAAAUAUAGUACUAGAAUUGGUAGGCACGUUACUCUGCAUUCAGAGUAAUAGACUAAUACAUGAAUAAACUGUGCAGUGGUUUCCAAAUCAGAGAGCGCCCACCCCCAUAUAGUUAUUAUUCAAUAGGACAGCUUGGGGCCAAAAGGAAGCCUUAAAAAUAACUAGUCCACCCGCGGCGUAGCAUUCGCCGCUAUUUUGCAGGGCCGGCCUUAGGCCACUGCAACCUAUGCGACCGCAGUGGACCCCGCACUCUCAUAGAACAUGAAAUUGCAAAAUAUUAUUGGAAAUCUCCGGAAAUUAUUAAAAUCUUUUGAAAACUCUUACAAAGCUCCUAGAAUAUAUACAUACAAAUUUUCAUUUUGGGGUGUCAUUCAAUAUGGAAAACGCCAAUCCUACGCGUGAUAAAAAAAAACGGCAUUAUGCAAUACCCGUAAUUGUGGAAUCCGGUGAAUGAAGCUUCUCGCGCCACAAACUAAUAAAGAAUUACUUGAGGUCAACAAUUCUCGAAGAUAGAUUGAAACGUUUGGUAAUUCUUGCUAUUGAGCGUGAUCUAUGUAGGUUAUGGAAUUUUUAUGUUAUACUGGAAGGCUUCGUAACACGCAAGGCUCGUAAAGUAAUUAUGUAGGUAGUGAAGAAUGAAUAAAAUGCAAAGACGAAUUUAUUUUCUGAUACAAAUUCUUAAUUUUCACUUAUAUUCCUUAUCCCUACCCCAAACUUGACCCCGCUUCGCAUAAAACCCCAGAACGGUUGAGUCCGGCCCUACUAUUUAAUGUUUAAUUGUUUUUGUUUAGCGCAAAUUUAAUGCUUACAGUAUUCUCCGUGCACUAUGGUCCAAUUACACUUGUGGACCAGUUGGUUGGGGGGGGGGAGGGGGGGGAGGAGAGGGGGUUAUUUGGAAGAAGCUUUCCGUGCUGCCUUCAAAAGAAAUAAAGAAAAAUAAAUAGCCUGAGUCUGAGUUCAAACUCAAGGUCUCGAGCCUCCACUAUGGAAGGCUGACACCUUAGCCACUGUGCUAUUCGAAUAAUUAUAAAAAUAGAAGGCUCUAUUGUUUUUUUUUUUGUUUUUUUUUUCAAAUUUUUAGCAUAUAGACCUGAUUCUCAAGGCUUAUCUACCCGUAAUUUUUUUUAAUUGUAGAUCUAUUUUCAAAAGAAGCCAAGCGUGUUAUCUAUCAAUAUUAAUAUAUACAAACUACCAUUUCCAUUUUCCUUUAUCCAUGUAAAAUAAAUGUUACUGCCUACAACAGCUUGGGUUUGACAAUAAAAAUCUUUUUCAUUUCCUGGUCUACUAUAUGGUUGAUAGUUCUCUUCCAAGAGAAUUGGUAAUUUUAUUAACACCAGGGCAGUUUUUUCUUUUCGAAGCUUUUCGGGUUGUUUUCUUUCUUUUUUUUUUUUUACGUUAUUUUUUUUCAAUUAAUAUUCGUUUAUUUAACAAGCAAUUAUUAUAUUAAAUAAUAAUUUAAAUAAAACUUAAGGGGAAGAACUCUAC